UUUGACCUUCCUGCGAAGUACUUUGCCAAUCCUAGUUUCGACAGAGCCGGCGUUGUCGAAAUUCAAAAGAUGCUUGGAGUGUCUGGCAAGAUGCAGGCUUAUAAAAUCUUUCCGCCUCUUUUGUUCCCAGGUCUGCAAGAAGACACCACCCUCAAGACUGUUUUCGGCAACUGGAUACUUUUCGCCAAGGUGCGCUAUCAUUCACUGCUCAGCCUUGUGGCGGAUCAAAGGACUAAUGCUCGGAAGUGGAACUUUCAACAAGUCACUCCAGGAUCUAUCGCAUGGGCGGCAGUUAUCGUACAUCGUGCAAUAUUUCUGCUCUCACCCGACUCCGAAUUUCCCGGUUCGGGAGUGGGGAAAUCAUCGACCAUCAGUUACAAAGACCUGUUCUUUCAAUAUAAGAAGAUGCUCAUUACAAAGUGGGACACCAGGCGCAUCAAGAAUAUUAUGGUCAGUAUCAACAACCACAUUUUUGGCACCGCAAAGUUGUCCACCCUCAAUCCCGCUGGUGGCGAAGACUUUUCGGAUGAAAUCAAUCGCGCUAUGCUCGCACUCGACAUGUCAUCAGACAGUGAAGCAGAU